GUCAGCUGUGGUGUGAUGUUGAGAGUCUCCUCCCUCUGCCCCUCCUCCUGUCUCUCUUAUAGCACGUCCCUGCAGUCUCUCCUUUAUCUGCUCGUCACACCGCUCAUCUCUUCACUCAGCACCAGAGUCCCAUCACACAUGGACACCAUGCUGCCAGCACUCUGCUCUCUCUUCACUGCUCUCACAUGUGUCAGUGGUGUGACUGUGGUGACACAGAAGCCUCCUGUUCUCACACUGACUGCAGGACAGACGGCCAACAUGGACUGUAACCUGGGGACUGUCACUACUGAGUCUGCACGCUGGUACAAACAGGUUCCUGGAGGAGUUCCUCAGCAUGUGAUAAGGCAUUAUCAUGGCUGGAGCUCUCCUAGCUAUGGAUCUGGUUUCUCGUCUCCUAAAUUCACAUCAACAUACUCGUCUAAAUCAGAUUAUAAACUGAUAAUCAGUAAUGUGGAGGUGGGAGACUCAGCAGUGUAUUACUGUAACACAUGGGACAGCUCUGCUAAAGAAUACGUAUUCGGCCAAGGAACAAAGCUGAUCGUCAGCGACGCUGCUCUCCCGUCUCCUGUUCUGAAGGUUCUCCCUCCGUCCACUGAAGAGCUGAAGACUAAAAAAGCCACUCUAGUGUGUUUGGCCAGCGACAUGUCUGUCGGUUUCGCUGACGUGAGUUGGCUCGUGGACGGGAACUCGGUCACCAGUGGAGUCGUCACCGGCUCUGCACAGCAGCAGGACAAUAAGAAGUUCACACUGAGCAGCUAUUUGACCAUCGACAGCUCCGAGUGGGACAACGACAAAGUCAUAACGUGUGAAGCGUCUGCUGGAGGAAAAGCCGCAUCGGUGAAGAUUAACAAGUCAAAAUGCAGUGAAUGAACCAGAUCAUGUUUCACUUGUUAAUUGUUCAGUCACAAAUCCUUCUAAGACCCGUAGUUUACACUGUAGAAAAUAAUUUCUUAUUCCUGAGACUGUAAUGUCCUGAUCAUGUCAUUGUUUUGCUUUUGUGUUUGAAAAAUAGAUUGAAGUUUAAUAAAGCGCAUAUCAUGAAAAGAAAUUCAA